AUGGAUGUGGAUGGUAAUCUGAGGCUAUAUAGCUUUGACCCAGAGUAUAGAAUGUGGAAUAUUACUUGGAUGGCAGUUGCAGAGCAGUGCAGGGUUCAUGGUCUCUGUGGGCUAAAUGGGUUGUGCAUAUAUACACCACAGCCCACCUGUGUGUGUCCCCCUGGUUUUGAAAUGGUUGAUUCAGCAGACUGGUUCAAAGGCUGCCAGCCGAUCAACAAACUUGCCUGCAACCCAAAUACUACUCACUUUGUUAGGCUCCAAUCCGCAGAUUACUAUGGUUCUGAUAAUUCCUCUACAGAGGGUAAGUCACUGGAACAGUGCAGGAAAAGCUGCUUGGAUGAUUGUGAUUGUCUCGGAUUUGGGUACAGACUAACUGGGAGAGGACAGUGUUAUUUAAAGUUUCUACCUGUCAAUGGGUAUCAAUCUCCGGGAGUAAUAAAUGAUGUGUAUGUUAAGGUAUCAAUCAACGAUUCUUCAGCAAUUAGGGCGCUCUCCAUGUCAGGCUCAUCACUAUAUUGCUCAAACCAAACUCAACCCAAUGACAAUAUUUCUUUCACAGUUCCAAGGAGAAAAAGAGAAGAGUUAAUUGUUCCCCUAGCAUCAAUUGCUUCUAGUAUUGGGUUUACGGAGAUUGUUUGCAUGGCAAUCGGAUGGUGGAUUCUGUUCAGAAACUUUGACGAAGAUAAUUUCUUCAAACGGCAAGGCUACUUUGCGGCUCCCACUGGACUGAAAAGGUUUACUUUUCCUGAACUGAGAGAAGCGACGGGUAAUUUUACAGACAUGGUGGGAAAAGGAGGGUUUGGGUCAGUCUACAAAGGCCGCCUCCGACCAGAAAACAAAGUUGUCGCAGUGAAGCGAUUGGAAGGAGUGUUUCAAGGUGAAGACGAAUUCUGGGCAGAGGUAAGUAUGAUUUGCAGAGUGAAUCAUAUGAAUUUGGUUCGUAUGUUCGGAUUCUGUGCAGAGGGAAAGCAUAGGAUGCUGGUUUAUGAGUAUGUGGAGAAUGGUUCUCUGGAUAAAUACCUCUUCACCCACAACAGUAACAGUUCCAGUUCCAUUUCCAGUUCCAUGGUUUUGGAUUGGAAGAAAAGGCUUCAAAUUGCCAUUGGGGCUGCCAAAGGGUUGGCUUAUCUGCAUGAGGAGUGCCUGGAAUGGAUUCUGCACUGCGACGUGAAGCCCCAGAACAUUCUUCUGGACGACAAGUUUCGAGCCAAAGUGUCGGACUUCGGACUGGCAAAGCUGGUAGACAGUGGGCAUGACAGAGAUCGCGCGCUCAGUUUUUCAACGAUUCGAGGAACGCGAGGAUAUCUGGCACCCGAGUGGACGAUGAAUCUUCCUAUUUCAGCAAAGGCAGAUAUUUACAGUUUUGGGAUUGUUCUGUUGGAAUUAGUGAGCGGGCGAGACGCUGCAAAAUUCAAUAUGCCCGAGUCAGGGCUUACUUUUGUGCGAUGGGUAGCUGAGAAUAUGAAAGCAGGAAAAUGGAUGAACGAGGUUGUGGAUGCCAAGCUGGCAGACGCAGGUGAGUUGAAUAGUGAGGAGAUGGAAAGAAUGUUGAACACGGCACUGCUAUGCGUAAAGCAGGAGCGGGAUCAGAGGCCUUCCAUGGGUCAGAUCAUUGAGAUGUUAAUGGGAGUUGGGCCCAUCACCAGUGAGACAGGGAAUGGAAUGGAAUAUACUUGUUGGAAAGUAUAAACCCAAUAACCAAUGUUACUGCAAUAACUUCAAUCAGAAAAGGAGCCGCUACAGCAUUGAAUAUUUGAAGGCUUCUUUAUGAACCUCAUUUUUCAAAGUUAUCUUGUCAUUAGUGUAUGCAGUCGCCCAUGCUCUACAUAAAAGACUUUCAGUUACGAAUC